CAUAUUUAUAAAUUAGUUGGACCAGUGAUUAACAAACUAUCAGCUGUUUUUUAAGUGUAAAUUGUAAAAUCAAUGGUACAGACGAAGAAACGGCAUAGGAAGAAUUGGGAAUGGGGAGCAUAGCAUGGAAACAGCUUCUUCUCAACGCUUUGGAAUCUAACACUCACCUUAAACACGUUUCUUACAUGCAACUUGCAACCGUAGGAACCAAUGGAAAACCUUCGAACCGCACUGUAGUUUUCAGAGGAUUUCAAGAUAACACUGAUAACAUCCUAAUUAACACUGAUACCCGUACUCGCAAGAUUGAAGAGCUCAAGCUUUGCUCCUCUGCUGAGAUAUGUUGGUAUUUCACAGAUUCUUGGGAGCAGUUCCGGAUAAAUGGGCAUGUAGAUAUCAUCGAUGGGACAAAUCCCGAUCCGCUAAAACUUCAGCAAAGAGAAAAAUCCUGGUUUGCUAGUUCCUUGAGAUCAAGGUCACAAUAUUUGUGGCCCAACCCAGGACUUCCCUGUCUAAAUGAACAAGCACAGAUAGAAAUAAUGUUGGAUCCUUCUGUAGGUCCAGUUGAUGCUUUUUGUCUUCUAGUUCUAGAACCAGAUCAGGUUGAUUACUUGAAUCUAAAGAGUAACCAGAGACUAACAUUCAGAUCAAGCUUGACUGAUGCAGCAAACAAAAGCUGGAUUGUGGAGAGGGUCAACCCGUGAUUUCUUAUCUCUCAUACAUAGAUUUCAUUGCGAUCAACAAAUUGCAUGUUCUGAGAGUAUCAGAGAGAGAACUGACAGUCAUUUACUGGUAAGAUUUUUAUUUAACAGGAGUCCAGUGUAUCAGCUUUCGUGCCUCGUAGCUUUCUGAGCAAUUGAAUGUUGUAUUUGUUCAAUGUAAACCUAGUAAGAUUGAAUAUGAAUUGGCUUCUUUUGUAUAACAUCUUAAUAUAUGGACAUCUCUUUGAUUUCCAAUAAUAUCAAUAUGUUUUAGUUA